GUGGGAGGGAAGCGGCGAAGCGAAGCUGCCGGGAGGCCAAAAUGUUCGUUGAAGGAGAAGGUAGGCUAUAGUGCGGAUGACGGUGCUGCGGGGAAUUAAAGUGAUCCGUGUGGAGUGGAUCUGAUGGCCGCGGUGGAGUUACUUUACAUAGAUAAAAGAGGUGGAAGACCCGAUCCUCCAGGAUUACUGGACUGGUCUUCUAGCCCUCUUCAUGUUCACAAGCUGAGCAGAUCAGUGGAAGAAGCUUGUCAUGGACAGUGCGAUUCAGCACCAAGGACGGCGGCUCCCCUCAGAGGACAGCAUGACCGGCACCGCCAUCAUCAGCCCGCAGAGAAGGUCAGAGUGUGCUGCGACGAGGAGCUGGAGACCUCGUUCACUUACGUCGACGAAAACGUCAAUCUUCGGCUGGCCACUCCGGACACGAGCGAGAAAAUCCCUCGUCACGCGACGCCGGCGCUCCACGACUCGGCGAGCGAAAUCCGUCCCGAGGGGCUUCAGGAUCUAUCGCUGAUGUCCGACAUCGACCUCAGCUCUGAGAGUUCGGGGAAAUCCGUGGAUUACGGAUUAAUUAGUGCGGUCACGUUCCUCAUUACCGGGAUCUCGCUCGUGAUCAUUUCGUACGCGGUCCCAAGGGAUGUCAGAGUAAACCCUGACAACGUGUCCGCGCGCGAAAUGGAAAGACUCGAGAACGAGAGCGCCAGGAUAGGCGCGCACCUGGACAGGUGCGUUAUCGCCGGCCUUUGCCUUCUCACUUUGGGCGGCGUAGUGCUAUCCACUUUGCUAAUGAUUUCAAUGUGGAAGGGUGAGAUGUACAGGAGAAAAGCCUUCGCGUAUUCCAAGCACUCCGCAAAACUCUACGGCUCUAUUAACUUAAGAACGAAAUCGAGCCCGUGUCGGCCGUCGCCAACACAUAGUUUUGUCGAGGAGGAGAAUGGUGAUGCUAUUAGUUGACUGUACUCUCUAGUCAUUUAUCAAUAUAACGUUCACCCAACCAGCAUGGCUAAAAAGCUUGUUAUCGACCUUAUCACUGACUAUGUAACAACUGCUUACAGAUCCAGAAAAACAGAAUAUCACAUUACAGAAUUUAUCAGGCUACACAAAUAUACAGCAUGGUACUAUUUGCAUUUACCAUAAAGCAAAAUACUUUUUAAGAGCAAAAUUAAGUCUAGCUCAUUUGCUGACUUUAUGAGGUAAAUAUUAUGUGUCCUAACAAUGAAUAAGUAGGCUAUCCUGAUUCAGCAAAUGCUCCAUUAUACAAAAUCCUGCUGCUAAUACUGACAAUCCUACUGCCUCUUUCUUACAUUUUUAGAAUCCUGUCAAAACCUAUAUAUGUGCACCCACUUCGGCCAUUUCAUCAUGGUGUGCAUUUAAAUGCUAAAAAAAACAUUGCCCCAUGGUACACUGGAAAAAUGUCAAUAUAUUCUGAGAUUUUUUGUCGUAAUUUUUUCGUAGUGUCCUUGUUAGUUUAUGCGAGGAACGGUCUGUCCAGAAAUGCUAAACUUUUUCUCCAAGUACUAAAAAUAUUUGAUAAAUAUUUAAUAGAGAUAGCUUCCACACAAUGAUUUGCUAUCAUUUGGAAAUUUAAACCCACCUCUGAAGAAGCAAAGCAUAUCCUUAUUCACGGACAUUAUGCACAGAGCAGAAACCAUAGGCCUACAAGAACAUGUUAACUCACUGAAAAACAUCCUCUAUACUCACAGGAUUUAUUAUGAGAUUAUCGAUUACAAAUACAUAUGUUUUGAUAACACUGCUGACCAGGGGCGGUGCCAGCUAAUUUUGAUUGCUGGUGCUGAAGAGGUGCUAAAUUCAAGGGGGUAGAUUUGUCUUGAACAUUUGAGGGAUUGUAGCAUUUCGCAUUUGCAUGUUUCAAUUGAUCAGGGUUAAAAUAAUGGGGGGGUUUACUAAUUUUACUAAUAUAAUUCUGCACGUGGUGACAACAGAAGUGAAAUCUCUUCGCUGCAGCCUCAAUAAAGAAGGCAACAAACUUUCAGGGGUGUUUUCAUCUUUUUACAGUACUGUCUGAAGUACAGCAAAACAGUGUACCCUUAUUGGGGGUCUGGGGACAUGCUCCCCUGGGAGAACACGGCACUAAAGCAUUUCUUUCUUGUGACUUUAGGAGCAGCAUUUUUAUCUUUUCACCUUGUGUAGUAAUUAAUGUAACUAUGGGCCACAAAGUAUUGAUAAAAGACUCAUUCACACAGCACAUCCAGCACUAAAGUUCAUCAAAAUCAACUACCUUUCAAAAAAAGAAAGAAAAAGAAACCUGCUCUGUCAGGACCAUGGUAUUGUGAUGGUAUCAGAUGGUUAUACUGCAGUGCAUUGAUGUACACCAUGGUAUUUACAUAGUAAUUCAAUGUAAAACCAGCAAUGAUACUUUUUGAUACCUGUUUGGUUGGAAAAAUGGCUUUACCAAGAGUUGUUCAAAAGCUACGCAUGCAGGCGUUAAACUUAAUAAAGAUAUUAUUAAUCUCUGUCAAACGAAGGAUGCACUUGCAAGUUUUGAUUGAAAAUAUCGCCGUCACCGUAUGAAUGGGGAGAGCCCAUAAACAGACACCUACAUGUCGCACAUUAGUCUGUUACUUCUCUUAAAAAACAGCUAUUAUUGUAGUAAACUCCAAACAUUGUUUAAUCCAGUAGGAUUGUUGAGUGUAAAACAUGUUGAAGAUUAAUGGACCUUUGGCCAAUUCAUUAAGUUAUGCACUGUUUCCUCACAAAAGCAGUUUAUUAUUCUUAUAUCUUGUCUCCUGGCCAGUUAACCGCCAUAAGAAUGUCUAUGGUACCGCUGUAUUAUGCUUUUUUUUUUUGCUAAAUUUGUAGGCUCCCUUGGUAGAAGGGCUCUGGUUGUUACAAAGCAGGAUUCGGUGUUGGAGUUGGAGUGCGCUUAAUAAAGUUUCAACAGUUAAGUUUACCUCCUCAUCUGCUCUGUGUAUCAUAACAAUAAAUAUUCCACUUGAUUGUUUUCCGUUCUAUUAAUACAAAUUCUGUUUUUACGGAGUGAGAAAAGCCCCAAACCACUGCGGGAGCUGUCUGAAAGAUUUGGAUAAUUUUGCUAAACCGUUUGACUUAUUCUUUGAAGGAAUCAACUCAGAUUCAUUCAUUCGUAAAUUGGGCAUCACUAGUUCUGAUUCUAAACAGGCGACAUGAUUGCUAAAAUAAUGUCUGGGAAAAUGUCACGCAAUCUUCAUACAGAUGAUAAUCUGCUGGCUGUUACAAACAUUUGCCAGGGGUGAUAUGGACUUUCUUAGAGAGGCUAACGCACACGGUAGCCCCUCCCUGCUGCCUCUGCUGCUGACAUGUUAAUGACAAUUCAUACAACUCAUUACUAUUACUAUAGAUUCAC